AGUUUUCUUAUACGUUUUCAAUCGAACCUCUUAUUUCGAAAAAUUUCAUCAGAAAGUUCUUUAAUUCAAGGAUUAAAAUGCUUAUGCGUAUUCGAAACCCUGUCUCGACCUCCUUUGCAAGUAUCCCAAAAAGGUAUUUAAGCCUGACUGAGAAUCUUUUUAAGAAGAGAGAAAAGUUGGUGAUAUUGGGAACUGGAUGGUCCAGCUAUUCAGUCUUAAAUUCAAUAGACAAGAAAAAAUUCGAUGUACUAGUUAUAAGCCCAAGAAAUCAUUUUCUCUUUACGCCAUUACUAGCCAGUACAACUGUUGGAACAUUGGAAUUUCGACAGAUCCAUCAUAGAACCAAUAAGAAAUAAAGGCUUUCGUGAUCCGACGCAUUUUCAUCAGUCGUCGGCUUUGACUAUAGAUAUGAAAAAUCGCUGUUUAAAGUGUAUAAGUGCCUUGGGCGACAACCAAAAAGCUUACGAAUUAGAGUACGAUCAUCUAGUUAUUGGAGUUGGUUCUUUAAGCAAUACGUUCAAUAUACCCGGAGUAAAGGAGUACGCCGUCUUCCUAAAAGAAAUAUCGAAUGCUCGUGACAUCCGAAAUAGGAUAUUGUCAAACUUCGAAUUAGCAAUGCAGCCGGGCAUCACUACAGAAGAGAAACAACGCCUAUUACAUAUUGUUAUCGUUGGUGGUGGUCCUACAGGAGUUGAAUUUGGAGCUGAAUUUUAUGACUUUUUAACCCAAGACGUUACUCGACUCUAUCCGAAUGAAAGUAACGAGGCUAGGGUUACUUUAAUCGAAUCUAAUCAAAUUUUAGCUAGCUUUGAUAAAAAUUUACGUUCAUUUGCUGAGAAGAAGAUAAAACAAAGGAAGAAUUUCAAUAUUGUUCAAUCUACCGUUGUGGAGGUUAAGAAAGAUGGCGUUAUAUUGAAAGAUGGAGGAAGAUUGAAUUGCGAUCUAGUUGUUUGGAGUACGGGAUUGGCUCCAAGGCAAUUUACAAGUGAUCUUAAUUGUGAAAAGAAUCGUGUUGGUCAGAUCGUGACGGAUAAUUGCUUAAGAGUAAAUUCCCUGCCGAAGGACAGCAGAAUCUAUGCAAUUGGUGAUUGUGCAGAUAUUAAGGAUUAUCCGUUACCCUGUACUGCUCAAGUUGCCGAAAAGCAAGGUCGCCAUUUGGCGAAUGGGCUUAAUUCGGGAGUUUUAAAACCCUUUAAAUUUGAUUCUAUGGGAAUGUUAGCCUAUAUAGGAGAUUAUCAGGGUCUAAGCGAUAUGCCUGAUGUUAAAAUGCACGGUAUCCCCUCUUGGUUUUUAUGGAGAUCGGCUUAUUUAACGAAAUUGGGAAGUUGGCGUUUAAGAAUGCAAGUACCAAUGGAUUGGAGUAAAACUAUAAUGUUUGGAAGAGAUAUUUCUUUAUUCUAAAUAUUACUUUAUAACAAAAUACAAUACAAUAUAUAACUUUAAAGAACUGCCAUCGUAAAUUUCUCUUUAAUACAAGAUAACAUAAAAAUUCAGACAGAACACAUCAAGAAUUUAUCAUUUAAUAAUAUGAUAUAUAUGACUUAGAAAGGAUAGGUAAACAACGUCUAGUUUUAGGGUCAAACAAACAAACAAACAAACAACAGCAACAAUAAUUGAUAAUUGAAACUUUAGAUAUCACAUGACGAUAUGGAGUUUGGACGAAGAGUUCUAAACGUUAUCAUUCUGUAUUGGCUAACUCUACAAGGUGGAUUUUGAUUUUUGGAAAUUCUAAAAACGGUACUGAAGAGAAUUUGACGAAAUGGUUUACUUACAAUUGUAUAUAGGAUGAAAUUUGCCGAAAAGUUAAAGGCUUGUAUAACCUUUAAGACUGUCUGAACGACAAUAAACUGACUGUUAUUUUUAUGUAAAAGAGCUUUUCUUACAAUAUGAAAAUAGUUGGCUAUAAAUAGUGGAUAGGUUAGGAAGGUGAAAAGACAUACCACUGAUAUUGUUAUUAUUGUUAUUCUUGAGACGGCGUUCUUUUCAACAUCUGGUGAAUUUAACCUUAAUGAUAGCAGUUAGUGAUGAAUGUACCAAUGGGAAAAUAAAAUGCGAAAUUGGAACUUUUACGUAACAACACAGUUGACCACAUCUGUACGAGUUUACCUGCGACAAGAAAAGGGAUGGUAACGAGAAAAGCAGUGCCAAAGAAAAUAUAGCGAUCAUUUUUCUUUGCCUCGAUUGUUUAUCAAUUGAAUAGAAAAUACCGAAGGGUUGAGUGACGGUGAUGGAGCGUUCCAGAGCCACCGAAAUGAUAAACCAUGUGGAUGUCAAUUCGAAAAUAUCCGUCAACGGAAAUAGAUAGGUGGAUAUAUAAACUUGAAUUGGUUGAUAGAGAGACGGAAUUCGAAGCCAUGGAGAAGGAAUACCGAUUAGGCAUAGAAACAGAUUGCUCCAAGUUAGAGCUGAUAACCAGGCGAUUGUUGAUUUGUCCAAGUCGUUCAAACUAUGGCGCAUUCGCCGUUGAAGGAAGAUAAAAAUGCUAAGUGUAUUUCCAACAAAGCCGAAACUUAGUACAAUCGGAAUACAAACAUCUUGGCAAAUGAACUGGAAAGUUUCAAGAUGUUCAACUACUUCAUGGUAAUACGUGUCGUUUGUUGUAUACGUUGCGUUGAUUUGUCUCGACUUUGAAUCACCGCAGCCCAUCGUUGACGUUCGUUUGUCAAACGAUGGAGGCGGAGUGAAAACAAAGUGAGGGAGGGAAAUUUAAAGUUGAAAAAAGUUGAGCCUUAUAAAAAUAUGUUCGUGUGACGUCAUCAUACAUAAACAGUUUACGAGCCAGUGACGACCGUUGGACAUUAUAAAUAUACUAAUAUAUUUUUUUAUAUUAUAUUUCCUACCAUCUAAAGUGUAGAGUUGCUACACGCAUUUUGCUUCAAAUAUCUUCUUUGAUUCAAUUAAUA